AUGUCUCGUCGAAAUGUGGUGUACUUCUACGAACCUGAGGUGGGAAACUUUCAUUACGGCGUGGGUCAUCCUAUGAAGCCGCACCGGAUUGCUGUGACACAUUCGCUGGUGUUGAAUUAUGAUCUUCAUAAAAAGAUGAAGAUAUAUCGACCAUACAGAGCAACUCCGCAAGAUAUGUGUCGAUUUCAUUCUGAAGACUACAUUGACUUCUUGCGAUACGUUUCCCCGUCGCUUCAAGGACUCAACUAUAAACAGCUCACUCAUUUCAAUGUCGGCGAGGACUGUCCCGUGUUCGAGGGUUUGUUUGAUUUCUGCUCUAUGUAUACCGGAGCAUCUUUGGAAGGCGCAGUACGACUGAACAGACGACACUGCGACAUAGCUAUCAAUUGGUCAGGAGGACUUCAUCACGCGCACAAAUCAGAAGCUUCGGGCUUCUGUUACGUCAACGACAUCGUCAUAGCUAUAUUGGAAUUACUCAAGUAUCACCCGCGUGUGCUUUACAUAGAUAUUGACAUUCAUCACGGCGACGGUGUCCAAGAAGCAUUCUACUUGUGCGAUCGAGUGAUGACAGUGUCACUACACAAGUAUGGGAAUAAUUUCUUCCCCAACACCGGACACAUGUAUGAACUGGGAGGAGAAAUAGGCAAAUAUUUCAGCGUGAAUGUUCCGUUUCGCGAAGGGAUCGACGAUGCGUCGUAUGCGUCCGUUUUCAAGCCUGUGAUCGAAGCGGUCAUGUCUCAUUUCCGACCCUCGGCGAUCGUUUUGCAGUGUGGUGCGGAUUCUUUGGCCUGUGAUCGACUGGGUUGUUUCAACCUCAGCAUAGACGGUCACGGGGAAUGCGUGGAAUUUGUGAAAAAGUUCAACGUGCCGACGCUUGUGCUUGGAGGCGGUGGCUACACGCUGAGGAAUGUGGCCCGUUGUUGGACCUACGAGACGUCGUUGUUGGUCGACGAGAAGAUUAGUAACGAGUUGCCGUACGAGCCGUACAUGGAGUACUUUGGACCUGAUUUCACGCUCAGGCCAGAAGUUCCGACCAGGGCGAAUGAAAUCAGUAACGCGAAUCCCAAAGCAUACCUCGAUACUAUCGUCAAAUUCACGUUGGACAACCUGAAGAUGAUCGAUUUCGCUCCUUCCGUGCAAAUGAUGGAUGUGCCUGAAGAUUUCUUGAAUCUUGAUAAACUGGAUCAUGCUGAAGAAUCCGAUCCAGACAUGAGAGAGACGAAGGCCGAACUUGACGAACGCGUCGAGCAGGAAAACGAAUUUUUUGAUGGGGAUAAAGACAACGAUGCAGCUGAUGAAACUCCUCAGGCGUAG